AAUACUAAAGGCAAGACAAGGCAUAUUAAGAACACACAUAUACAGUAUAAAGAGGCAGUGAUAUAAAUAUAGAAGCAUAUAUAUAUAAAUAUAUAAAUAUAAUAUAUAUAUUGGAGCAGUGAGGUUGGAUACUGUAAAAUAGUGCACAGGCAUUUUUUAAAAAUUUUUUUAUAUUGCAUUGAUUAAAGUAUUGCACCUGUUUAUUGCACUUUGUUUGAGAGAGAGAGAGAGAGAGUUGUAUGAGUUAUCUGUUCAACAGUCUGAUGGUCUGGUCACCAUCUGGUGCAGGUACCGGACCAGGUGGGACUUCCUGGUCAGGUACCGGUCCAGGUGGUUCAGGUACCGGAUCAGGUGGGUCCAGGUGGUUCAGGUACCGGUCCAGGUGGUUCAGGUACCGGAUCAGGUGGGUCCAGGUGGUUCAGGUACCGGUCCAGGUGGUUCAGGUACCGGUCCAGGUGGUGCAGGUACCGGAUCAGGUGGGUCCAGGUGGUUCAGGUACCGGUCCAGGUGGUGCAGGUACCGGAUCAGGUGGGUCCAGGUGGUUCAGGUACCGGUCCAGGUGGUGCAGGUACCAGGUGGUGCAGCUGGAGACAAAGCAUGGAGAACCCCCCCUCCGUUGUUGUCAUGUUGUUGGGAUACUUUUAUUUUGAAAAACGCCGUGUGAGAGAGCGGAGCUGUUGCUGCUGACUUCACUCACCCUGGACUACUGAGCUCAGUGAGCUGGUCCAAGAGGAGCAGGAGAGACUACCGCAGACCGGCAGACCAGACCAGACACGCAGACCACACCAUACCACCACGGAGCUGGACGGAGCUGGACUGAGCUCCUCAUGCAGCAGCAGCAGCAGCAGCCUGGAGGAGGAUCUGCUGGUGAGCAGCCCCGUUAGAGUCUCUCUGUCUGUCGGAGCAGAGUAACAGUUGGGUUGGUCUCAGCCUGGAGACUGGAGUCUCUCCAUCAGGACGCUCUGGAUGUCCUCUGUCCUCCAACUAUGGACGAGCUGCAACAGGACCCAACAAAUACAGUGCUCUGCCAGGGUGUAACCGGAGCUCUGGACUGACCGGUGCCAUGAAGACCCAGAAGGCCCGAGGUGUUUCACCACCUUCACCUCCGUGCCCACGGAAGUCUCACUUCAUCUUACGAGGCCGAAAGAAGAAGGACGGGGUGAUCCGAGGCAAGCUCCGCAUCCGGUCCAUACCCGGAGCCUUCCUGGUGCUGGGGAUCAUCGUGGUGGUCGUCGGCACCGCCCUGGCCGUGGCCGGCUACUGGCCCUAUCGGAUAACCAGGUCGUCCAUCCUGGGAGUCGCGGAGGCGGAGAGUGUCGCUGAGUCGCAGACUUCUGGCUGGAGUCUGGGAGCUAAGGGCCUCCUCUCCACAGCCAGCCUCAUCCACAGUGAGCGGAUGAAGCUGCUGGGACCUGUCAUCAUGGGGGUGGGACUCUUCAUCCUCAUAUGUGCCAACACGGUCCUGUACGAGAACCGGGACAGAGAGACUCAGAUGCUGCUGGCUCAGAUGCGCAGCGUGAUCUGCUCCGUGUCUGCAGCCGUCCCCUCAGCGGACCUUCAAGAGAUAGCGACGGCCAACUCGAUGGCCAAACACUACCAGUGGGUGAGCAGUCUGCCGGCCGCCCACCUCAACAUCCUCUGUCUGCAGCAGGCCAGCUCCGAGCCUCUGCUCCAGACCAGACACACCCGAGACCAGGAGGACAUUGUGGAGGGCAUCUACCAGCAGGCUGUCCUCCAGACACAAGCCCUCCACCACCAGGAGUCAGAGCCUCCGCCCUCCCUCCACUCCUCCCACUCAGACUCCUGUAACUCCAGUCAGACAGACUUUAACACGCAGUCUGGAGACGGCUUCCAUCCGCAGCCCCCCCCAUUCGCUAAGCUCAACAACUGCCUGGCGUCUGCCAGCUCCAUGUCCACCCUGGACGAGGCGGACGCCCCGGCCGUCCAGCCGAGGCGCUGCCACAGUAUGAGCUACAGGACUAACCCUUACACAGCUCGGACCGGCGUGCGUCUGCAGGAUGGACUCCACACGGCCGGAGAGGAGGGAGAGAUAAAUCAGCCAGUAGUCACGAGGAGAGAAGCCGCUUCACACGUCUGCGUGAACAUCCCCUGGCAGAUUGUGGACGCCGCAGAGGAGCAAACUCACCGGAGCUGGCCUCGGCUGGACCUGGGCAGCGGCGGGAGACGAUACCUGAAGCUAGAGAACAAAGAGGACUCGGUGGACAGACUGCUGGACCAGUUAGAGCAGCAGUGUUAUCAGUGGGAUAAGAACUUUGGGUCCGGGCCUUUCCAGUGAUCGGCUGCUUCUCACAGUCCUGAGGGUACCUCCGGAUACAAACGGUACCCUGACAACCGAGGAUCAUAAUCAUAUCUUCCCCUGGAUUCUUAUUUGAGUUGUUUCUGUGUGUUGCAGAGACAGAUUGCACCUUUGGAGUACAGCAUUUCUCACAAGGAUCUUCCAAAACUUGAGCUCGUUCUCAGUCUUCCGUGGAAUAUUUAUACUCCGAGGUUACGGCCUUGGAUCUGGCAGAUGUUUUAUAUAAUUGAAGGAACAACAUACGGACCCUACACUGUCACAGAUGAGCGGAGCAUCACGACAGACUGUUUACUUCUGCAGUUUGGGUCGGCAGCCACGCGAGAAAUCAACGUGUAUCUGGAUGCCGUGACGGGUUCGCCUGUUUCCAGGAUGUAGUGAUCACGUCCUGGUGGAGGGGAGAUAGAAGGGUUACUUGUUUUCACUGUGCAAUCUAUUCUGAACCAAACUACCUGGACUCCUGAGUCCAUAAAGUGCUGACAGCUCUUGACAAAUGCAACUAGUAUAUAAUAAUAAUAAUAAUAAUGGGAUGUUUUUUCCUCAGCUGAGGUCCCAUAAUCCAAAUGCAAUGCAUGGCAGUGAUGUACAGUAUGUUACAUCCUAAUACUUAUGCAGAGUAAUGUCAUUGUUGGUUUUAUGUGUAUAAGAAGUGAUGAUAGUUAAAGGAUGAUUUAUUACAGCCUGGUUCUUACAGUCUGAGGUUUGGCCGUUACUUCUACAGUAUCAGCUCCGGUAACAUUGAGCCUCCGUGUUGAUUGCUGAGAUCUGGGAACACGACGAGUACACACGACCACAGCUGUCUCUGAACUGGAUGCUUAUUGUAAUGAAUAAUUAUACGGUUUGGACAGAUUAUCAUCUUAAGAGGCGGAGCCGGAGUUGCAGGAUACAGGAAGACGGCUCCGGUCUCUCCAGCUCUCUUGAGCGGAGCGGAGGAGUUGUAGUUUCAUAGCAUUUAUUCACCGACAAAUAAACUGAA